AUACUGUCCUAUUCCGCCAAAUUUCAGUCAUGUUUUUACGGCCCUUUCAGAGACGCCGCCGGAUCUGCCCCCAAGUUUGGUGACCGCAGAGCUUAUCAGUUGCCCAUCGGAUCCAAAGGCUUAGCGUUGAGAGCAGUGGAACGGGAUAUCGAGGAGGGUUGCGAUAUGGUUAUGGUUAAGCCGGGUCUCCCAUAUCUGGACCUCAUAUCGCAAAUCAAUGACCGCUUCCCUAACUUCCCGAUCGCUGUGUACAACGUGUCGGGCGAGUACUCUAUGGUUAUGACGGCCGCAAAGCACGGGGUCUUUGACUUAAGACAGUCUGUGAUGGAGACGAUGACCAGCUUCAAGAGGGCCGGCGCUGACGUUAUUAUCACUUACUUUACGCCUUACCUAUUGAAGUGGAUUCGCGACCAAUAGGAAAGGCAUUUAUAUUUACCG